UCUUUCGGGCCCGUGAGAUCAAAUCUAAAAAUAAUAUUACUGUACGAAAGGAAAUCUUCUGAUUGGUUCGAAUAAAUUACGCGCUAUUGGAAGGAGUAAACAAUUGACCUGGUAGUAAGUGUACUGCGAUGUGAGCUGUAGCGAGUCAAUAGACGGGCUGUAUCACAUGAUAGUAUUGUGAGCCUAUUGCAUUCUUAUGCGGACGCCAUUAUUUUGUUCAGUGUUACCGCGAUGGCUUCGCUAAAUCAAACGCAUCCUACUUUGAGUGACAACGAAAUGAGUAAUGUUAUGGAAUCUACUAACAGUAAGACGACAACAAAACUGAUCAUCCAAAAUGCUGUGAGAGUAUUUACUGACUAUAUCAUGCAAAAAGCAGACCUACAAGUUAAAACUGUUGCUGACUGUUACACAGUUAGCAUCGCCGAGUUGGACGAGGUAUUGACGAGAUUCUAUGCAGAAGUGCGGCAAAGGAACGGUGAAAUAUACAUGAAGAAAAGCAUGAUAUCUCUCCGCUAUGGCUUGCAAAGGCAUUUUGUUACAACUAGGAAUGUUGAUGUUAUAAAUGAUGCUAGAUUUAGGCCUUCUAAUCAGAUGUUCUGUGCUGUUCUUGCCAGGUUAAAGCAGGAUGGUAAAGACAUAGUACGCCAUAAACAGCCUAUCACACUAGAAGAUAGGCAGAAGAUGUAUGAUCAGAAUAUACUGGGUACUGAUAAUCCAACGUGUCUUCAGAGAAAAGUGUUUUUCGAUUUGAUUUUCCAUCUAUGCAAAAAGGGACGUGAGGACCUCCAUGUAAUGAAGAGAUCGGACUUUCAAGUUUCUAUAGAUAACAAUGGUUCCAGGUUUGUCCAUCAAACAGCCAGUUAUCUUAGAAGAAACCAUCUUGAUGACAGGGAUGCCAGAAUGUAUGAACUAGUAGGUGAUAGACUAUGUCCUGUGAAGUCUUUUAUGAAGUACAUCUCCAAAUUGAGUCCCAGGAACCCAAACAUGUGGCAGAGACCAAAACAAGGUGUCGUCGGGGAAAACUACCCUAUUUGGUACCUAAAUGUUAACAUGGGCCACAAUGCUUUGGGGUCGAUGAUGCGUAACAUAUCCAUUGCAGCCAACCUGUCUCAGAUUUACACCAACCAGUGCAUACGAGCAACCUCAAAUUUGGAGCUUGAUCGAAAAUGGUAUGAGUUCCGAGAAAUGAUGAGUGAAGACCAGCUUGAUAAAGGGAUGAAAAGGAGAAUUAGUUGGAACUUAUCAUCUUCAGUGGUACCAAGGAAGCAAGCAAACAGACAGCCACCAUCCUGUGAAGGAAAAAGAAGUGAAAAUGUUAUGCAAUUAAGGAAUGUAGGCCAAGUGUCCUCACAAUUGGAAGCAUCGAUACCAGUGGCAACACCGUCACUAACAGCAACAAGAUCGCCCUUCACUACGGCAUCACCAAUAUCAAUAGUAUCAUCUAUGUCAACAAGAUUGCCAAUGGCAACAACUUCACCCAGGGCAGUAACACUGCCAUCAGAAUUGCCAAUAGCAUCAUCAAUGGCAACCACAACCCAAAUGGAAGCCACGUCCCUAAUGCUGCCAGCAUCUCAGAUGAUGACAACAACAUCAAUAGCAGUACCAACUUUACUGAUGACAACAACAUCACCAGAUGUCCAUAUUAAAGAGGAGAUGGUGGAAGGAAUGUUGAAUCCUUUGGAAUAUAUAGGAGAUCAAGUAUCAGGGAUCAAGAAUACACAGGUUCCUGAUCCUAAUAACAAGGAAUUUGAAGAACAUAGGGUCAUCACAGAGUUACAGAAUAGUAUGAUAGAGGAAACUAGACCAUUGGAGAAACGAUUAAUGGAUGAACCUAGCCGGUCAAAUGCUGUUGGCAUUGGUCAGGUAAAUUCUGUUGUAAUGAACGACGAAAGCUGUCAGUUGUAUGUGGAUGAGGCAUUUGCAGGCGUUGGAGGUGAUGCAGUUAGAAACACACACAAAAAUCAUACAGAAGCUCUUGAUACAGAAGAAAAUGACUUUUGUCCUUUAAAUAACAGCAGUGUUUUGUUAAAUGAUGACGAAGAAAGCAUGGAAGAACGAGAGGAUUUGGGAAUAAAGGCGCCAUUUAAGCGACUAACUGAACGCCAUUUUAUAGCUGUGAACAAGGGCAGGACUCCACUAGGCCAUCCGUCUAAGCCUCAGUGUAUUGUCUGCUCAAACCCUGCGGUGAAGCGUCAUCGAACAGAAUUCAUCUGCGAACAAUGUAUAUUGCCGAUGUGUCCGAUUCCUUGCUUCAAACGUUAUCAUACAAUGGCAGAAUACAAAGCAAAAUGCUCCUACGAAUAUCACAACAGCUAAUGUUAUGUGAUAGGUGAACAUAAGCUGUAGGAGUUACAAAUUGGUUAAGGUGGGGGGGGGGCAAUCAACAAUACAGUAAGGUUAUUGAUAAUUAGAACCAAUGGGGAGGGGUAGAGAUGAAAGUGGAAGGGUAGUGACAUGAAAGGGUGUGUGUUUGACUGGCAGAUGAGAUGUUUAGUGUUUAGUGUUUUUGCAAAUUAAGGAAGUGUAGUCUAUUUGCUCCACAAGGAGCAUGUUUAGACAAGUGGUUUAAUUUCCCAGCCUCGAUAUCAGGGUUUCAAUACCUCGCUGUGGAUUUCGUUGGUGUUCUUGAGCAAGGCACUUUAUCUGCAUUGCUUCUCUCCACCCAGGCAUAUAAAUGGGUACCUGGUACCUUUCAAUAUACAGUGUAAUAUAAUUGUUGACAUUUCCAUACAUAAAUUAAUAAUUUAUUAUGAUAUUUAUGUUGAAGUCUAUGUACAUUGUACAUUUUCUUAUUUAAAGAGUUUAUAUUUAUUAAUAUUAUUUAUAAAUAAUGUUUAAACUCAAUGAUAGUAUUAAUGAUAAUACAUGAAUAAUGGGGAAUGCAUCGGCAUCCCCAGCCUGCACCCAUGUAAGAAUUAUGGUUCUGGUUCCGCCUAAAUGUUUUGGUGUGUAUCAUAAAGUACACAAAAAUACAAAUUAAAAUCUGGAUGGAAACAUGUGGUUACUUUCUAAUUAUGGAUUUACUGAUGAAUUCUGAAAUGGCCAUAGAAAUUUUUUAUUUAUGUUUUUCCAACAAUCAUUAAUUGAUCAAAAUACAGAAUUAAUUCUGGAUCUGAGGCUGAUUUAGUUGCUUCUAUUUGGUUGAAGAGGAAGGAAGGAGAAAUAUAUUUUAUUCAUUCUUUCCUCCUUGACAUAAAACAUUCAAAAUCGCUUUUGUUCCAGAGCAAUUGGCGAGAGAAAAAACAAACCAAGAAAAUUGUCCUACCUAUGAACGUUAUCGAGAGUACACUAGCGUGCUUCGAUGUUUCGUAUUAUCAGGAUGUCAAGGGUGGCACAAAAUUUGCCAAACCGAUUCCCGGACUAGAGCAGAAGAACUUAGCGUGGUCGAUCAUCGUUUAAAAUCUGUCAGCAGUGAUCCAGGAGGCGAAUCCUCCAGAAACUAUUACAAUUUAGGGGUUUCACAGGCUUAUUUAAUCGAUUUUAGAGUCUACUAAUAUGGGAAAAAUACUCUUUUUUAUCUCUAUGCAGACGGGGGUUGGAUAGAAGCUUCCCGAAUGGGAUGGGGAAGCUUCUCUCCAAACCCUGUUGGCAUAGAGAUAAAAAAAAUGAGAA